AUGCAAUAUAAAUAUAACUUAAUCUUUUUUAUUAAAAUUGCAACGUUUAUCCUUUCUCCUUGGAUUUUUCAUUUUUACAACGAUUGUAUACUCAUCAAAUAUGGAGAAAAAAUUAACAUCCUUUGUAGUAAAUUAGAGAUAAGAACUUAUCGAUUAUUAAUUCAAAGUAAACAGAAUAAAGAUUCAAUUAUUAUAGGUUUAGGAGAUGUAAUACCAAAUAACGUAGUGACCGAACAUUAUUACAUAAAUGAUAAUAGAAAAGGAAACAAAGAAAUUAACAAACAGUUAAGGGAAUAUACAUCAAAGAGUGCAAAAUGCUAUGAGACCGCUAUGAAAAAGAAGUCUUGUGUAUUUGAAACAAAAAAUUAUUCCCGUUUAGAAAAAAAAAUAUUCAAACAACUUGAUUAUGAAAAUUUUCUUAAAAACAACAAGAUAAUUAGUGAUAAGAUGUACAAAAAAAUAAUACGUAGAAAAUAUGGAUUAAAACUUGCUUCACCUUUAAUAUUAUUCUUAAUCUUAUCAAUAGCAUUAAUAUUAGACUUAUUUGGAGGUUGUGGGCUUAUAAAGGCGCUGUUUAAAAUAUUUACUGCUUUAUCUGCAUGGGAUGGAUUGAAACCAUUUUAUUCAUUUUUAAUGGAAACUCCGUUAAAAUCGUUAGUUACACCUGUUAAAAUAGCGUCUUCGGAAGGUGGUCAACGUAAUUACUAUGCUGUUUUAGAUUUAUUUUUUUUUAAUGUAAUAUAUGUUUUACCUUUAAUUAUAUUAGGUGUCACAACUAUAUCAGGUAUUUUUUAUUAUCAUAAAAAAGUUAAAAAAUAUGAAAGUAUUAAAUUCAGAAAAAGGUAA